AUGGUGGGCCGUGGCAACCAGUUUGCCACAAGAGGCGAGGGCAGCGUCAGGGCCCCUCUUGCAUCCCUUGGUAGUGGGGUGAGAUGGCGCGUGAGUCAAGACCAGAGGGAGAUUCAAGACAAGACGCCGAACGUGCUCCCAGUCAUCCCAGCAUCUACGCAGAAGCAGCGUACAUCAAAGUCCUCCGAUUGCCCCAAAAAUCCGCUGGCACUAUUGGCCUCGGAAAGUCGGGCGAUGGCAGCUCGCAACAACUUGCAAGAACAGUGGCGAAGUGCCUUGCUGGAGUACGAGGUUGCCCUGAAGGAGCUCGUGACAAACAGCACGGAUAAACCCCCCUCGGACUCGCGCCUAAUGAAGACGUUUCAGCUGUACGAUGCGGUGUCCCGUGUCGUCGCGGAGCAGUCUCCGGAGUUGGCGGAUAUGCUGAAAAUGUUCCGCAUCGAGUUCUGCCGCGCCACGCUGAUAAAGCAGAGUCUAAACAACUUCACCCCGCAACAGGGCGCUGACGGUGUGGAUGACGAGCUGGAGGAGCUUGGGAGGACUUACUUUGAUCAGGUGGAAGCGCUGCUCCGGGAAAAUGCGGCACUUCGCAUGGAGGUGAGUCUUGGCAACACGCGGGAUAAAUUGGCUGAGAUGAAGGCGCAGAUUGAGCGACUGACGGAGGUGAGCGCCUACUACGAAAAUGAGGUAAACCUGUUAGGGCGUGAAAAUAGAUGCCUGGCAGAGAGCUACCGCAAGUCGCAGGAGGAACUUGCUAUGGAGAAGGAAAAAAAUAUUUAUUUGCAUGACAAAUUUGAAGAUGAAAAACAGAGGCUGUUGCAAGAGAACAAAGACAUGCAACUACGUCUCUGUCGUCUACGAAAGUACCUUAGUGAUCGAGAGUCUACUAUCGCCAAGGAUAGCUACAAGAACUUCAAGGAUAAGAAGAUGAGUAUCAUGACGCGGCUGUUUGACGAGGGAGAUGAGCGGGUGUCGGUGUUGGUGAUGCUGAGUCAGCUGGAAAGUCGCGUCAACGAGGAGCUUGAUAACUACGACAGAGAGUCGCUGCUGAGCGAGGAAGCUGCUCUGCCGGAGCAUCAACAACGAAUGUUAAAUACAGUCUCUGUAUUGUUGGAAGAAAUGCAUCUGUGUGAGGAACGCUACCUUCGUCUGGUGCCACGCGCCCAUUCGCUUAUUGGAGAGGAACGCGACGAGACAGACAGCUACAUCACACUUUUGGGUGACGAACGUCUUUACGAGGCACUUGUGGCGAGAACCGCAGUGCGUAAAAGACGGAGUCUGGGAUUUAUGGAGUCCGAGACAGAGGUGACGGGGGAAUUUUCGCCGGUGGCGGGGUCACCCAGUAGCAAUGACCUUCAGCAAAACGAGAUUGGAAUCGCCGUGGAAGACUCAGGUUUGCCUCUGUUGCGGCCAGAAGCACAGGAAAUCGGGUCUCAGGCGUCCGUCUCGCAGAAUGUAGGCUCUAGUGCGCGGCAGCUGGAACCACAAAAGGAAAUAGUGACACAUGAAGCAAAGAAGAAAGAGAAGAGCGGAGCAGAGGCAGACGCGGCCGAAGUAACGGUGGAAAAAGGACAAAAAGAAGUAGUGAGGCUUGCCGUGCCAUUGAGCGUGGGGAUACGGGAUGCAGCUGCUGAAUCGCUGUCGAUUGUCAGAAAAAAGCAAGAAGAAUGGGUUGACAACAUUUUUGGCACAGCGGUAAAUACCACCAACCUCUUGAAACGUGUUCUAAAGAACAGUAAAUCUGAGGGAAACCAGACAGAUCAAGAGCGUCUCAUGCAUGACUUUAUUUCAAAACCACUGUUAGAUGUUAGUAGCAAUAAGUUUCAGUGUGGUAUCGAUAUAUUUACAGGUCCAGGACCACUGACGCAGUCUUUCCUUUGCUCUGUCAAGCACGUGGAUCCUGUCGAUCCACUGCCCGUUCCACAGGGCACCAAUUUCAUGCAUGUGAAGUACCGCAAUCCACUGCGUGUAGAAGCAGUGGAUGAGGAUUCCGAGGCGGCGGCGGCAAUUGUACCAAAUCCUGAAGCUAUCGAUGAAUGGGGAAGAAAGGCGUACGUGCGUGAGGCAAUGGAACCGGAAUCUUCUGCGUUGAACACUGGUUUCCAAUUAUUCACUGAACUUGGUCGUCCGAGCAUUUUAAAGGCGGCAGCCGCGGGAGUCACUGUGGCUUCCUCCUCAACACCAGCAACAGCAGUGUUUGAGCGGUUGAAUCCUCUUUCUCCCAAUCGAUCCCCGGAAUGGUUACUCUACCAGAACCUUUAUGGGGGUUACCGCCCCUUAACACCGCGGCUUAUUGACAUGUCUUAUAUUGAUCAUAUACUUUUGAACUCCUGUGAGCGUCACUUUGACCGCUGUGAGGAACGCUACAUGCGUUGCCUUAAGCAAGCACGCACACGAGCGACAAACAGUCAGAUGGCGUUGAAUAUGGCAGAACGAUUAUUCAAGGACACGUACACGUUGACAGAUUUUCAGGAAUCUGUCAUUCGGGAAUUAGAAUCUCGCUACUGCUACCCAGAACUUGUAGCAAAAUCUCUCUAUGAGAUUCUAUGCUUUCUUGACGCCACAAAGGCCUUGCAUCCGUUGGUCGAUUUGUAUCUCAGCUGCAUUCGGGGCUUUGAGUCACCCAGCCGCAUUCAUUACAUCACUUAUGUACUAUACCAGAUAAGUGUGAAUUGGCCGUCUUCAAAUCCGGAGGAACCCGUUUUGAAGGAAGAUGUUAUCACGUUGCUGGAACACAUUUACAAGAGGGCAUCUGGCGUCACCAGCAUAGACGCCAGCGACAUACUCACGGAGUAUCAAAUGGCAACGCGUUCAGCCCCUAUCACCUGGGCUUCGCUGCGCAGUUACCUGGUAACAGCCAUGUUGCACUUUGAGGAUCCACUACUGCUCUACUUUAACGGGUUGCUUAGCUACAAAGCGACUUCCAGCGCCGUGGUGGAGAUGAACUACGAAGAGUUUGGGUCCGCGCUCAAGGCCACGUGGGAAGAGAAAGUUGAAGGAAAGCUUCUCAUUCGCUAUCUUACUGCCUCGUGUGGGUUUAACAAGAAGGCGGAGCUGACAACAAAAGAGUUGGCAUGUGUUGCAGCAAGCAUGUGGAGCUCGCACUUGUGGACGAAUAUGUAA